AACGUGCCCCAGCUGUUAAGGCACCGCUCGUUGGAGUUAUCUCAAACAACAAAUCAAAUGUCCUCAAUCAUAACUACGUCAGAGUCUCUCAGGUCAUGUGACCGCGAGUAGUUUCAGAGAGGUGCUGUUGCGGUAUGGCCUAGUUUAUGCAGUCUAUGAGUAUGGUCGAGCAAGAGGUGACAGAGACCGGAGGGGUUGUUCAGAGAAUGCUGUCUGUUGUUGGUGUUCCCAGUCUGGUCAGCAGCGUGUGGGGCUACGUGGACACCACAUUAAGGUGGUGCUGGAUCCCCAGCUGGCUGCCGUCAUGGUGUCCCACCUCUCAGAUCCAGCUACAGACCGCAGAGGACAAGAUGCUGCGAUGUGUAGAGAGCACUUUCUCCAAACAGUGCGUCCCCAUCUCCAACGGCAACCGGCUGUGGACCCUGACCUUUCGCAGUGACCGUGUCAAAGACAAAACCCCCAUGGUUCUGCUCCAUGGGUUUGGGGGUGGCGUGGGCCUUUGGGCUCAGAACCUGAAUGCUCUCUCCCAGCGUCGGCCCGUCUUCGCCCUGGACCUGCUGGGCUUCGGACAGAGCAGCAGGCCUCUGUUCUCCACAGACGCUCAGAAGGCAGAGGACCAGUUUGUGGAGUCUAUAGAGCAGUGGAGGGCUAAAGUGGGUCUGGAGUCCAUGAUACUGCUGGGACACAACCUGGGAGGAUACCUGGCUGUUUCAUACGCUAUUAAAUACCCAGGAAGAGUAAAGCACAUAAUGCUGGUGGAGCCCUGGGGUUUCCCUGAGCGCCCGAACACAGUCGAGGCAGACCGUCCCAUCCCGGUAUGGAUCAAAGCCCUCGGGGCCAUGUUCAGUCCCUUCAACCCUCUGGCUGGCCUGAGACUGGUCGGACCGCUGGGUCCCACUCUGGUUCAGACUCUGAGACCCGACUUCAAGAGGAAGUUCUGCUCCAUGUUCAAUGACAAUACUGUGUCAGAGUACAUCUACCACCUGAACGUGCAAACCCCCAGUGGAGAAACAGCUUUUAAGAAUAUGACCGUUCCCUACGGCUGGGCAAAGAGACCAAUGCUGCAGAGGAUGGACCAGCUUCAGCCUGAGAUCCCCAUCACCAUCAUCUACGGAUCCCGCUCCAGCAUAGACAGCAACUCAGGCAGCACCAUCAAAGAGAUGAGGCCACACUCUCAUGUGGAGAUCAUAACGAUCCGUGGAGCCGGCCACUAUGUAUACGCUGACCAGCCAGAGGACUUCAACCACAGAGUUUUACAAGUGUGUGAUAAAGUGGACUGAAGCAGAGACGAGCCUGGUUACUGAACUGUGGAGAAAAAGGGGAGCACCAAUAACUGGCAUCACUUUAGCACUUCCUCAAAGCAGGAAUAAGGAGUGAUUGUACAUAGAAAAUAUUUAAAAGGAGCACUGAUCUGAGUUUGACUAAUGCAUCAUGACACACUGAAGUUCAAAUGUUAUGUCACCUGACCACUGAUUCUGUGAUAUUCUUAGAAAUGUGGUGACUACAGACUCUGAGCUGACAUCACUGAUCAAGUCCCCUUUUUAAUGCAAUUUACCAGCAUUCCUACAAUUAUCAAAUAAUGCCCGUGGGCCAGCAUCACAUGCUUCUUUUACAUUACACUGUGUAGCACACAUACAGUAGGUGGUGCUGCAGCUUCUCGAUCAGUUGAUUGAAGCAUUAGUUACACUGUAUUUUCUCAGACUUGCCGCUCUCAAAUGUAGUGACGAAAGGAGGCAUUUUGAAAUUCAAAUGUUCUGCUGAACACACAACCACAAAUCCUCAGUGUUCCGUGAAUAUACUGUCCACUUGUGGCCUUGAAUAGCUCCUGUAGUCGUCUGAGCCAAACACGCAAAUAUUAUUUAACUCAACUAAUCAAAAGUGUAUUGUUAUCGUACUUCAAGUGAAGAAAAUACUUCAAGUGUGAAAGAUACCCUUAAUUGUGCAUAUUUUUGUUAAGAAAUACAAUAAGACUCAAUAUUUUAGGAGAGUCAUUUCUAAUAUGAUAUGAUAUUUAUUUAGCCACACCUUAAAUUAUAUCACACUGAAACAAUCAAUGUCACUGCAUUCAAAAAGCUCAGUUACAGUGUCAUGUGUUAGGUAUUUCCUGUGUAGCGCUCAACCUGUGGUUUGUGUUUUGUUUUUUUUUCAUUUGAUUCUGAUACAGACAGGAAGCGUUCUCUUUAGUACAUCACUGCAGCCAAUAAUUAUCUAUUUUAUAGCGGCUGUCCUCUGUGCUUGUUUUUGGCUUUUCUUUCUAACUCAAACGUUCAUUUCAAUUGCAUUAAUUGUGAAUGUGAACCCAGAUCAGCUCUAGUCUAAGGUUUUACACUCUGCCCUUGGACUUUUUUCUGUAGCAAUAAGGCUUAAAGGACCAGUGUGUAACAUUUAGGAGGAGCUAUUAGCAGAAAUGGAAUAUAAUAUUUAUAAGUAUGUUUUCAUUAGUGUAGAAUCACCUUAAGAAUCGUUGUGUUUUCGUUUCCUUAGAAUAAGCCGUUUUUAUCUACAGAGAGAGCGGGUCCCCUUCCACGGAGGCCGCCAUGUUGCACAGCCAUGUCUCUACAGUAGCCCAGAACGGACAAACCAAACACUGGCUUUAGAUAGGGACUUUCACGUUUUUGGUGAGUUUCGUGGCCACCGUAGUUUCUCCUACACGCUUGGAAAGGGAGGGUGAGGCGAGCGGUAUUCAAAUGGUUGCAAACUGCAAUUUCACCGCUAGAUGCCACUAAAUCCCACACACUGCUCCUUUAAAGGGGCACUCUACCCAUUUUUCAAAUCAAGUUCAGAUAUACAGUAUGUGCAUGCAUGAUGCUCACAUAUCCACCAACAUUGUCUUCUAAUGUCAUCUUUCCAACUUUGCAGCCAUCUAUAAAAAACAUUCAUGUCUAAAAACAAAUAUAUUAAAGAAGCAAUAAUGGGUUUUUUUCUCCCACUAUCAUCCAUAUCAGAAUGAGAAAUACUUUAUAUACUUAUAUGACAAGACAGACAAGUUGACUGACAAGUUGAAUGUUAUGGUCCAAGGCUGGAUAUUUGUAAUUCGUGUUAUUAUAAAUGUCAAUUAGUGUUUUUUUUUUGUUUUUUUACUUCUGUAACAAAACCCAGAAGUUCCAGUUUCACUUAGUUGUUCUGUAAUGUCUUCUGUGGCUGUGGAGCAACCUUCUGAAGUCUGAAAAGGUCUGCGUUGAGUUUGACCAUUGUUUCUUAAAUCUGUCUCUUGCAAGUCCCCUAAUUUAAUAGAAGUGCAAUACUAAUUCACUGGUGUGCCCCUUUAAGUCAGUAACUGCAUUGUUUCAAUGGAAAUGAAAAUAAUCUACAUAUUAAAGAAAACUGGAAAGUCUGCUGAGCCUCUAUAUAGGAUCAAUGGAAUCUCAUGCCUACCUCUUCUGGUGCUAGUUUGGAACAAAUAUAUUUAGAUUUAUCAAAUGAUUUUUACAUAGUUGAUUUCUUAAUAGAAAUUCUCUAAUGUAAUCUGUGUCUAUAAUAUGAACGGCAUAAACUAAAAAGGGUGUAGGAAGAAACAAGAUGCACGUUGAUGCGUAACUGAAGUGUUUCACAGACGUACUUGGAGAACUGUGUCUGCACAGCAGUUUUAAUUUUGGAGCUGAUUUGUCAUAGGGAAAUAUGUCUUUUGAAUUAUUGUUUAAUACUGUAGUAGAUGUAAAAAUAUUGAGUCGCGCAAAUUAGUUUGCUUCCAAAAAUGUUCCCUCCAGUGAUAGCUCUCCUAUUUCUACCAUAUUUCUAAAUGUAAACACAAAUAAAAAUGUUUGCUAUAGUAUGA